CUAACUUCCUUACUUACCUUUUGAAUUUUCCGCAGUUCGGUUCCAGCUUCUUCUUCCCUGAUCAAAACGCUUAACAGGUGUUCUUGAAUUUAAAGUUUGAUUCUUGAGACUGUUACUGAUUGAAAUGCCUUCUGAUGUUGAGCCGCGGUGGCAAGAGAAGGCUACUGGAUUCUUUUCUACAUCAGGGGUGAAGAUUAAGGAAGCUGGACAAACGGCUGGGACGUUUGUCGAGGAGGUCACUAAGGAUGCGAAAGUUAAUGUCUCUGAUAUGGCGGGGCGAGUUGGGUCAAUGUUCAAGAGUCGAUGGGCAAUUCUUCAGCAGCCGUCGACAAGGCAUGCUGUGCAGGAGCGCCUUAUAACUGCUGCUGCUACGACUGGCACAUUGUUUAGGAAGGGGUUGUCUGAGACAAAGGACAAGGUUUCGGUUGGAAAGGUCAAAGUUGAAGAGGUGGCAAAGAAGACUGCCCAAAAAAGCAAAACUAUCCUGAGUGACAUUGAAAGAUGGCAGAAGGGUGUUGCAAGCACUGAUGUUUUUGGAGUUCCAAUUGAAGUUACUGUGCAACGUGAACAAUCUAGCAGGCCUAUUCCUCAGAUUUUGGUGAAAUGUGCAGAUUAUCUCAUUUUAUCAGGGUUAAACACACCAUAUCUGUUUAAAGGCGAGGGAGAUAAAACAGUUAUCCAACAACUGAUUUCUAUGUAUAACCAAGAUUCAAAUGCAUCAUUACCGGAGGGUGUCAGUUCAAUUGAUGUAGCGGCUCUAGUCAAAUGUUACCUAGCUACCCUUCCUGAACCACUGACUACAUUUGAGCUUUAUAGUGAUGUUAGAGGUGCUCGGUCUAGCAUAAAUGCAAUGAAAAACAUGCUGAAGAGGCUUCCUACUGUAAACUACACGACUCUGGAAUUUAUUACUGCACUGCUGUUGCGUGUUAGCCAAAAGUCAGUUCUCAACAAGAUGGACACCCAAAGUCUUGCAAUGGAGAUGGCCCCUCUUAUAAUUUGGCAGAAGGGUAGGGCACCAGACCUAUAUAAGAAGUAUUGGAAUCAACCAUCAAAAGGUCUUUCAAAGAAACACUCGGAUCCGGAGCCUACUUAUAGUGCAUGGGACAUGCUUUCUGAUGAAGGUGACAAUGUAGAUGAUUCCAUUCCCUUGGAUGAUGGUGUGCCUCUCGACUUGGGCGCUAUCGAGGUUGUUCAGUGUCUCAUGGAACAUCACAAUGCGAUCUUCACAGAUGCAAAUGAAACAGUCUGGAGGUGACAUCAUGAAUUGCCUCUGACAACAUCUACUUCAACUGAAAUUAUCAAGACGGAAAGCUUUGGUUGAGAUGGCUGCUGGAUAGUAGAGGUUAUGUUUUUUGCCAAUCUGAAAAAGGUUUAGUCUUUUCUCAAUUUGGACAUAAAAGUAGUGAAAAGCUUGAAUUACUUGCUUGGGGAAAGGAAAGUUACUGUUUCUGUACAGUUCUUACUUGGCAUAGUUUGGUCUGCAGCAUUGAAAAUCUUGCAAAUAAUACAGAAUUGGAUGUGAUGACUUCUGUCUGUACUCUUGGGAAGUUAGUUUCUAACUUACUGCCGCAUCUUUAUAGUGUGUAAAUUUCUGAAUAACAUCAGUUCAUAUUGAGCUUGGUGGA